CAGCACAACCGCUUCGUGCUGGACUGCAAGGACAAGGAGCCCGACGUGCUCUUCGUGGGCGACUCCAUGGUGCAGCUGCUGCAGCAGUACGAGGUGUGGCGAGAGCUCUUCUCGCCGCUUCACGCGCUCAACUUCGGCAUCGGCGGCGACACGACGGGCCACGUUCUGUGGAGGCUGAAGAACGGCGAGCUGGAGAACAUUAAACCCAAGGUCAUCGUCGUCUGGGUGGGCACCAACAACCACGAGCACUCGGCCGAGGAGGUGGCGGGCGGCAUCGAGGCCAUCGUGCGCCUCAUAAACGCGCAGCAGCCGCAGGCCAAGGUCAUCGUGCUGGGCCUGCUGCCCCGCGGAGAGAAGCCCAACCCGCUGCGGCAGAAGAACGCCCGGGUGAACCAGCUGCUCCGGAGCGCCCUGCCCAAGCUGCCCCGCGUGCAGCUGCUCGACGUGGACGCGGGCUUCGUGCACUCCGACGGCACCAUCUCCUACCACGACAUGUUCGACUUCCUGCACCUCACGGGCGGCGGCUACGCCAAGAUCUGCAAGCCCCUGCACGAACUGAUCAUGCAGCUGCUGGAGGAGACCCCCGAGGAGAAGCGGGCUGCCCUGGCCUGAGCAGCGGGCCGGGAGCAGCCCUCGCGUCACGCAGCCCAUCCGAUCAGUUCUGUCACUGGCACUACAGGAUCCUUCUUUCGUAAAGCACUUUCCAUUGUAGGAUGUUCCCGGAUGUUCGUACCUAGUGUUUUGAGGGGGAAGGCUGAGGCUGAGCGGCCCUCGCGCGAGCGGGGGCCGGCCUGCUCGGUUUUCCUGCAGGAGGAGAUUAGCUGACGCGGUUUUACUUUCCAAGCAUUCCUCAUUUAGACUGCGAACAGGCCGGGCGCUCGGGGCCCCGCGCGUGUCGCGUUGCCCUAGAAGCCCGUUAGGCCACCGCCGAGAGCCCCGGGCGCCGCCGUGAACAGGAAUCACAUUCCACCUGCACGGGGGGAGCGCCUCCUUCCGUAGCUCCUUUCGGUUUGGACCGUUUUGAUCCCAGC